UGACUUCAGCCUGAAGAAAGCCUUUAGGAAGUAUAACAAAUUCAUGAAGAAGAAGACUGAUACGAACACGAGGCUUGCUGAUCUGAAAAAGAAAAUUAACAACUGAUUCGGCCAGAAAUCAAUCCGAUUAAACAAAACACCUCAGCAAGUAUCCAGACGGACUGAUAGAGCGUCCCCUACUAAGUGGUAUGAUUCACAUAAAAGAAAUACACAAGUUAAGAAAUCUCAAAUAUUCCCGAAUGUUAAAGAAUCGGAAAAACUGCAGAGCAGAAGGAUUGCUGAAGAGCUUUCUCAGACUAGAUAUCAGGAGUAUAAAAAUUAUCAGAAUUUUUCGACGAUUAAACCACUUAAGAAAGAAAUAACGCAAGUUUUCCCUGAAAAUCCUUUAACCAAUUCGGUCCACCGUCCAAAUAUAAAAUUUAAGCUAAGAACAUCAGAAGGGCUUUCUAUGGAUACUAUUUACUCACAGUUUGCAACAAGUCAUGCUUCUCAGAUCUCUUUAAAAUCUAGAGAAGAUAGGAACUCGGUCUCCAACAAGUUCAGUAGCCUGAAUCAGCGGAAGAGUAGUUCUUGCUCCAGUAACACAAGAGAUGACUUUGAGCGUGAAGACACUAAAAAUGAAGCACUACCCAGUAUUCAGAGUCAAGGAGAGUUUCUCCUCGGUUCUCAACAUAAAGCAAAAUCAAGGAUGAAAUCGCAAGAAAAACUGACUCUGGCCCAUAUGAUCAAGGUUAAAGUCUUCUCUACGGGAGAUGAGAGUGGUCAAUCUAAGUUCCUAAAGGAUAUCUCAAAUCCUAAAAGUUAUGAUAACCUCCAUCCUAUCUCAAUGCAGAAAGAGUACGAACGCUACUAUUUCAAGAAGGAGCCAUACAAGUCACAUGUGAGGCAUAAGAGCACAAAUCAGGACCACAAGAUCCUUCCAAAAGACAAUAAUUCUCCUGAAAGAAAUUUCAGUCAUAUUAGCCGUAACCACAUUCAAAUUCCUGAGAAGCCAAAAAUAUCGAAGUAUGAGAAGGCUAAGAGGAUGCUCAAAAUGACUGGGACGACUUCCCUCAGGUACAGAGAAGCUAAAAAGAACAUCAUAAAAGUCACUGACAAACAUGUCAAGAAGAAAAGGAAUAAUAGCUACAUGACUCAAGAGAAGAAUGAUGAGAAGUCCAAGACUGGAGCCAAGUCUAAUACAAAGAGCCAUGAGUACCCUGAUGACACCAGAGAACUACUCAGGCACAUAAAGUCUCAGAAAAGUGUGAACCCUGAGCAAAUAAAAUUGAAAAAUUUAUUAAGGAAGAUUGAUAAAGCAGAUAGGGUCAACUCUAAGGUAUACUUUCCAUCUGAUAUCCCUUUAAUGGCCUCCCUUGAGAAGGAGAGGAAGAACUCGCAAAUAUCGAACAGGAAAAGCUUUGCCUACCAGCAAAAGAUCAACAUUUUUGAAGACAUUCAAUAA